UUUUCGCAUUGCGCGUCAUUCAAACGGGACUUGCUGGGUUGCACUAGUAAGCCUAAUAACCGCGGAGAUACCAGACCACAGCGGAGGAAUAUUGCGACUUUAAAAAAACAAAAAAAACAAAAAAAACUUUAUUUACCCUCCUUGUUCCUUUUCGUUAUGGUCAAGCGUGAAGAUUCUUCGUCACCUGCCCUUUUCUUGACUUCGCCGCGAGGGAAAUAAACCUUGUGUGUGUUGUUUUUAUAGAUUGCUGCAGCCGUGGGACAACUCCACCCCCCACCCCUGCACACCUUUGGACGGACAACACCGCCCGGUCACACCUUUUAAGGGCUGAAAUAUGCUCACAGCGCGACGAUAGAAACAAGCUGAGAAGACACAAGUCCAAAGUGGUUUUAAAUCAUGAUGAUGCAGGAGUCGGCCACAGAGACAAUAAGCAACAGUUCAAUGAGUCAAAAUGGAAUGAGCGCCCUAAGCAGCAGCCAAUUAGAGGCUGGCGGUAGAGAUGGGCGAUCAAGCGCCGGUGGCGGUGACACGAGCGGCGAAGUAAGCACAGUCGAGCUGCUGCAUCUGCAACAACAGCAGGCCCUACAAGCAGCGAGGCAAUUACUCCUGCAGCAGUCAGGCAGUUGCCUGAAAUCUCCAAAGAUUCAGGACAAGCAUCGUCCACUGCAGGUUCCGGUCUCAGUGGCCAUGAUGAGUCCCCAGGUGAUCACGCCGCAACAGAUGCAGCAGAUCCUCCAGCAGCAGGUGCUCUCCCCGCAGCAGCUCCAGGCCCUCCUCCAGCAGCAGCAGGCCGUCAUGCUGCAGCAGCAACACCUGCAGGAGUUCUACAAGAAGCAGCAGGAGCAGCUUCAUCUUCAGCUCCUCCAGCAGCAACACCCUGGCAAGCAAGCAAAAGAGCAACAGCAGCAGCAGCAGCAACUGGCCGCCCAGCAGCUCGUCUUCCAGCAGCAGCUCCUGCAAAUGCAGCAGCUUCAGCAGCAGCAGCACCUGCUCAACAUGCAGCGGCAGGGCCUGCUCUCCCUGCCCGGGCCCGCCCCCGGCCAGGCCGCCCUGCCCGGACAGACACUGCCCCCGUCAGCUGGCCUGAGCCCCGCAGAGCUCCAGCAGUUAUGGAAGGACGUGACCGGGGUCGGAGGAGGCGGCGGCCACGCCAUGGAGGACAACGGCAUCAAGCACGGCGGCAACACGGGCAGCGGCGGCCUCGACCUAUCCACCACCAACAACAGCCACCACAACAACAACAACUCUAUGACAACUACCUCCUCCUCCAACCCCGCCAAAGCCUCGCCGCCCAUCUCGCACCACUCCAUCGCCAACGGACAGUCGCCCGUGCUCAACCACAGACGGGAGCGCGAGCGGGAAAGAGAGCGGGAGAGUUCACAACACGAGGAAAACGGAGGCUCCCAUCCCUUGUACGGUCACGGCGUGUGCAAGUGGCCCGGCUGCGAGAGUAUCUGCGACGACUUCGGACAGUUUUUGAAGCACCUCAACAACGAGCACGCCCUGGAUGACCGCAGCACAGCCCAGUGUCGGGUCCAGAUGCAGGUGGUCCAGCAGCUGGAAAUCCAACUUUCGAAAGAGCGCGAGCGUCUCCAGGCCAUGAUGGCCCACUUGCACAUGCGGCCCUCCGAACCCAAGUCAUCUCCCAAACCACUCAACUUGGUGUCCAGCGUCACCAUGUCCAAGAACCUGCCCUACGCGUCCCCGCCUAACUUACCGCAAACGCCCACCACCCCUACGGCGCCCGUCACCCCCAUGGCGGCCAUGCCCCAGGUCCCGUCGGUGCUGGGCGGAGCCAACGUGCCCAGCAUGGGAGCCAUGCGGCGACGUCACACGGACAAAUACUCCAUGCCGCUGUCGUCGGAGAUCGCCCCAAACUACGAGUUUUAUAAGAACGCGGAUGUCAGGCCGCCGUUUACUUAUGCAACCCUCAUAAGACAGGCUAUCAUGGACUCUUCCGACAUGCAGUUAACGCUUAAUGAAAUCUACAGCUGGUUCACGCGCACGUUCGCCUACUUCAGACGCAACGCCGCCACUUGGAAGAACGCCGUGCGCCACAACCUCAGCCUGCACAAGUGCUUUGUGCGCGUGGAGAACGUAAAAGGCGCCGUGUGGACGGUGGACGAGGUGGAGUACCAGAAACGCCGGUCGCAGAAAAUCACAGGAAGCCCGUCACUCGUCAAGAACCUGCCCUCCAGUCUGGGCUACGGCUCAGCACUAAACGCCAGCCUCCAGGCCGCCCUGGCGGAGACCACCCUCCCUCUACUGGGCACUCCCGGCCUCAUGAACAGCGCACACAUGGGUGGCUGCCACGGCCUCCUGGGCGGCGACCCAUCCGGACUGAUGGGCGGCAGUCCGCCGGGGCUGCUCGGCGGCAGCCCGCCGGGGCUCCUGGGCAUCAGCCCCCAUGGCACGCUGAGUGGCAGCCCCCCUAACCUGUUGCAGUCCGUCCACGAUGACCUCAACGGCUCCCUGGACCACCUGGACACCAACGGACACGGCAGCCCCGGGUACUCCCCGCACAGGCACAUGAUGGCCGUGCACGUGAAGGAGGAGCCUCUUCACAUGGACGACGACGACUGCCCCAUGUCGCUGGUGACGACGGCCAAUCACAGUCCAGAGCUGGACGACGACCGGGAGCUGGAGGAAGGGAACUUAUCAGAAGACCUGGAGUGA